AUGCCCAACAGAGACAAGCCAGUGGCAGUCCAGUACGUACAGAACGUGAAUGUCUCACCGCAACCUGUAUCCUACGUCAUGUCUCAGCCCUCCCAGCAGUUCUACGAGUACUCUCCUCAGAAUGUCACGACGGUGGCCCAGCCGCAUGUCACGACGGUGGCCCAGCCGCAGGUGUACAUGGUUGCGGACCAGUACCAGGCGCCUCCACAGGAGAUGACCUACGCGGUCCAGCAAGCGCCGCAGCAGAUGUCCGUCCCCAACACAGCAUGGGAUGACUUCAACAAGAGGAGGAACGCCGCCAUCGCACGACAGGGUUUCACCACCAAGACGAGUGCCAAGGCUCCGAGCACCAUGCAGUUCCCGGGGAUGAAUGCGGGAUACAACUCAGGUGCUAUGUCGCAGGACGCCACCAACGCCUACCUGCAGAGCAUCGGAGUAGCUCCUGUGGGGGCUCAGGUAGAGUGA